GUUCGCCCUGCGUCGAGUGACGUCCUAUCAUACCGCGCAGCGCGGCAUGUUGUUUCGCUAUCUCAACGCAGUUUACUAAAAACUGCGUUUUUCCUUACAAAGUCUUUAAGCAUAAACGAAACUGCGACUGAACUGUGUACACUUUUCACAAUGAGCGACGAUACCGAUUCUCCUCCCGAGCGGGAAAUUAAGGAUUUCCAGUUUCGCCAGUUGAAAAAGAUUCGAGUUUUUGACUCUCCUCCAGAUUUGCCCAAAGACCGAUCCAAUCUGCUGGCCGUGUCAAACAAAUUUGGAUUGAUAUUUGUUGGACUGGGCAGAACAGUGAAAGUAUAUGUGACACAGGAAAUCCUUUCUGUGGAUAAAGUGGUUGGAAAUGCUAAUGACAAAAUUGACGUCACCCCAGCCCUGGUGGAGGUGUGCUUGGAGCAUCCUCUUCAUAACGUGGCCCUCAGCAGUGAUGAGCUCACCCUGUCUGUCUGUGGUCUGUCUGCCGAGGCGGCACUGUCCAUCACCUUCUAUGACGUCCGCACCUUAAUGAAACAGGGGAGACAACAGAAGCUGCCCUUUGCGUCUCUGCAGCCUGCGGUGACCCCGGGCACCUUGGUGCAGGACCUGAAGUGGAACCCAGUCCUGGGGUCCAUGGUGGCAGUCUGUCUGUCCGACGGCAGCAUGAUGGUCCUGGAUGUGACCGACCGUGUGACCAUGCAGGCCCAGCUACCGGCUGACAACGGCAUCACAUGCAUCUGCUGGAGUCCGAAAGGGAAACAGGUUGCAGUUGGGAAAAUGAACGCUACUGUCAGUCAGUACACCCCAGCACUCUUAGAAAAGAAAGUAGUCCCAUGUCCAAACUUCUACUCCUCCGACAACCCUGUGAAAGUUCUGGACGUGCUGUGGCUGAGGACGUUUGUGUUUGCUGUGGUUUAUGCCGCUGCUGACGGCUCCGUGGAGACUCCCCCAGACCUGGUGGUCAUCACCCUGCCAAAAAAGGAUGAGAAGAUAGAGACCAGGUAUCUGAACUUCAACGACCCCGUGUACGGCACCUGCAUCGAUCGACAGCACCACUACUUCUUGAGCCAGAUCGAAGACUGGGACGUCGUCUUUGCCACAUCGGCAGCUUCCAUUGAAGUCAGCGUCAUCGCGAAGGAUAAGAACCAGUGGGAGCUGUGGAUUCUGGAGGACGCCAGCCGGGCCGAGUUGCCUGUCUCCCAGCACAGCGACGACACCCUGCCCAUGGGCCUGGUGGUGGACUAUACCAGCCAGCAGGAGAUAUACAUAACGGAUGAAAAGAAGCUGCCCCCGGCUCCCAUCAUGCUGCUGCUCUCCACCGACGGAGUCCUCUGCCCCUUCUCCCUGCUUAACCUCAACCCAUGCGCCAAGCAGAUGGUGGCCCCCCCCAUCGCCCUGCCACUGGAGGGCGAGAGGCCCCCACUAGCAGGUUUUGCCCCCGCCCCAGCUGUGAAAGCCCCCGCCCCCUUCUCCUCUGCCCCGGCCGGGUUCCCACCCCCGAUCUCCUCCGCCCCGGGGGGCUUCCCCGCGGCCCUGCGCCCCAUCUCCUCCGCCGCCCCCACCCUCCCUCCCCCGGCCUCCUCCCCCGCUCCGGCUCCCUUCGCCGUCCCGCCCGCGGCCCCCGCCGCCGCCGCCCCGUCCGGCUUCUCCUUCAGCCUCCCGCCCUCCAUGACCCCCACCCCGCCCGCCUUCUCCCUGGGCAGCUCGGCCGCCUUCGGCUCCGCCCCCUCCGCCUCCUCCGGCCCCGCCUCCCUGGCCUUCUCCUUCGCCUCCAAGCCCCCCUCCAGCCACCCGGCGGCGCCGUCGGCGUUCGCCUUCAGCACCCCCUCCGCCAAGGCCGGCGCCCCCCCCGGGGAGGCCUCGCCCGUGGGCCUGGCGCUGUCCGCCCAGCGCCUCGCCGCCGCCUCCCCCCUCACCGUCUUCAACCCCCCGGAGGUGGCCACGCCCGUGGUGAAGCUCAACCUCAACGACAGGUUCUCAGCGGUGGAGUCCCCGGCGCCGUCCUCACAGGCCUUCUCCUUCACUCCCACCUUGGGGAAGCCAGCGUCGGCUGAGCCUGCCGCUCCGCCGUCAGCCAACAAGGGCCCCGUUAUGCCAGCUCUGGUGCGACCGGUCCAGACCAACGCCCCGCCUGCAGCGGUCCAGAAGCCCAGUCAAGCGAUCCAGACCAUCACUCCUCAGGCGUCUCUUGGUGUGAAGUCCCUGGAGAAACAGUUACAGCAGAAGAGGGGAACUGACCCCAUCAUGACCGGCAUACUGGAUGAGAUCGCCCACUUCCAGAAGGAGCUCGACGACCUGAAGGCCCGUAGCAUGAAGGCAGACUUCACGGUGGGCACCGGGGCCCAGAUGAAGGAGCUGAGGAAGGAGACAGAGGACCUCCACGUCUUCACCCUGGAGAUCAAGGAGACCACAGAGUCUCUGCACGGGGACAUCGGCACGCUGAAGACCACCCUGCUGGAGGGCUUCGCGGGGGCGGAGGACGCCAUGGCCCAGAGCGAGCUGAGCAAGGACCGGGGCUACCUCCAGCUGCUCUACAAGAAGCCCCUGGACCCGCGCAGCGAGGAGCGCCUCAAGGAGAUCCGUCGGCUGUACCAGUACGUCAUGUUCGCCGUGGAAGAUGUGAACGACGUGUUGGACAUGGAAUGGGAGAAACACCUGGAGAAGAAGAAGAAGCAGAAGCACAUGAUGGUCCCCGGGCGAGAGGCCCUCUUCACCACCCUGGCCAACAACCUGUUCAUCAUCAACCAGCAGAAGAGCCGCCUGGACCAGCUGGUCAAGGAGCUGUCCUCCCUGCACCUGUACACUAAGACCACCGCCUGGACCGCCGCCCCACCCGCCGCCGGCUCCUCCUCCUCCAGCCAGACCUCCACCCCCGCCAGUUUGGACCGUGAGCUGGAGAGCUUGAGGGACGCUCUGCUCAAAGCCAAGCUGGACACUACUUCCCCCAAACCCUCCAAAACACAAGCCAGCAAGUUGUCCCCAGUGAAGAGGUCCCAGCUGCGUAACUUCCUGUCCAAGGGCCAGAUGCCCCCUGUCCGCUCCACUGCACCAGCCAACCUGUCCCGCUCGGCCUUCCUGUCCCCCAAGUACUACGAGGACCUGGACGACGUGAGCUCCAGCUCCUCCCUGUCCCCGUCGCUGGAGGCCGGCCUGGACCCCCUGGCCUCCUACCUGGAGCCCCACCCCGCCCACCUGGAGCUGGAGGACGAGCUGGAGGACCAGCCCCUGCCCCUGCCCGUGCUCCCCAUGCCCCGCCACCCCGCCGUGGUCCGGACCACCUCCAUCCAGCCCGGCUUCGGGGGGCUCCAGUCCACGCCGGCCUCCAAGAUGGCGGCCACGCACAGCAUGGGCGUGGUCCUCAGCCCCAUCGUGUGCCCAGUGCCGACCAAUAAGAUGAUGCUGGUGGGAGCCGACAGCACCGCCCUCGCCACCAAGACGGUGAAGCACGGCGCCCCGCCCACGGAGAAGGCCAUUCCCGCCACGCUGCCCGCCCACCAGGCCGCCGCCAGGGCCGCCUUCAGCAGGCAGAUGGCCAAUCAGAAGCCAGUGGGGUCCCUGACUGAGUCCACGCUGAAGACGGUGCCUCAGGUUGUCAACGUUCAGGAGCUGAAGGACAAGAGCUCCACAAUGCCCCUUUCCACUGUCAUAGGUUCCUCAGCCCAGGGGUUUGCCACCGUUGCCAACCAGGCAAAGAGAAAUCCUGCGCAGGGCGUCUUUAAGGUGCCUGCGGAGAGCGCUGCAUCCGGCUUUGUGUUUGGGCCCAAAACGGACAGCCCGGUGGUUCUUCCAAGUGCCGCUGAGCAAGGCAGCAGUAAAGCGUUCAGCUUCACUCCGGGGGCCUCAAGUUUCAGCUUUGCCUCGGUUUCGCAGGGAUCUGGAAGCACAGGGAAGGACAUGAGUAAGUUUGCCUUCGGCAAGAGUGUGUUUGGCUCGGCCGGUGAGGAGCCCUUCUCCUUCGCCUCCAAGUCCAGCUCCCCGGCGCUGGGCGUCAGCACCUCCUCGGCCACCCCGCCCCCCAACAUGUCCGGGGACCCCGCCCGGCCCUCCUCCACCACGCCGGCCCUCCGGGUCGUGGAGCCCCAGGCCCCCACGCCCACCGGCGGCGAGACGCUGGGCAGCUUCUCGGGGCUGCGCGUAGGCCAGGGCGAGGAGGAGGCUCCGGCCUACGGCAAGUUCUCCUUCGGCGAAGCCGCGGCGCAGUUUAGCUUCGGCGGCGUCAGCCCCGCCCCCGCCGCCGACCUCGCCAAGGGCCCCGUGACGGCGAGCUCGGGCAGCGUGUUCCGACCGCCCGACUCGAGCGCCAAGCUGGGCUUCUCCUCGCCGCCGCCGUCGGCCGAUGCCGCAGCGAUGCCCACGCUCAGCAGCCUACUGGCCGCCGCCACCGCCGCCGCCGCCAGCCCCCUGGACUCCCCCGAGGAGCCCGGGCCGCCGGGCGCCACCCCGGAGCCUUCGAUGCCCGCCCCCUCUCCGUCUGUCGUAGAGGCGGCUCCGGCGGCGGCCCCCCCGGCCACGCCCGUCUCAGAGCCCGCGCCGCGGGCCCCGACGCCUCCGGCGCCCACGCCGGUCAUCGCGGUGUCGCCUGACCCCUCCCCUGCCCCCCCGGCCUACUUCACCCCCCCCACCACCGCCACAGAGGCCCCUCAGCCCCAGGCCCCGGACCUCGCUCCCCCCACAGGGGAAGCCCUGCCCCCCGCCACGGGGCCCGACCCGGCCCUAGGCUCCGCCCCUCUGGAGCCCGUCCCCCAGGCGCCGCCGCCGCCGUCGUACCAGGCGUCCACCACCACCGCCGCCUCCCCCACGCCGGGGUCCAUCUUCGCCCAGCCCCCCCCCGCCCCCGUCUCCACGACGGCGAGCAGCAUCCCGGAGGGGCCCAACAUCAACACGGCCUCCGAGGCCACGGCCACCACGCUCACCCCGACCGUCACCAACCCGACCGCCGCCGCCCCCGCCACCACCACCACCUCCUCGGUGUUCGGCCAGCCGGCCGCUGACCCCUCCCCCCCGGCCCCCACCGGAUUCGGCUCGGCCGCGUUCGGCGCUCCCGCCGGAACCGGAUUCGGGAAGUCCCUCUUCGGCCAGGCGACCGGGUUCGGCCAGCCCGCCGCCGCCGGCGCCACCGGCCCCGGGGGCUUCUCCUUCGGGGGCCCGGCGUUUGGAUCCCCGGCCCCCGCGGUCAACAUGGGGGCGGCCGCGGGCGCCGGGGGAGGCGGUGUGUUCGGAGCAGCCACCGCCAACAACGCCAGUUCCUUCUCCUUCGGGUCGGUGGCCACCGGCUCGCCCGGCGGCAGUGGCGGAGGCGGCGGCGGCGCGGGGCCCUUCGGGCAGAGCGCGGCCCCCGCGUUCGGCCAGCCCAGCCCCGGGUUCGGACACGCGCCCGUGUUCGGGAGCAACACCACCACCACAGCCUCCACCGGGUUCAGCUUCAGCCAGCCCUCCGCGUUCGGAAGCUCCUCCUCCCCCUCGGUGUUUGGCCAGCAGCCUAGCGCUGGAGCCAGCGUGUUUGGCCAGCAGCAGCAGCAGCAGCAGCCCAGCGGUGGUAGUCUGUUCGGGUCCAGCCCCGCCGGGACCCCUGGCGGCGGCGUGGCCGGAGGCGGGUUCUUCAGCGGUUUGGGCGGGAAGCCCAGCGAAGACGCGGCCAACAAGAACCCCUUCGGGGCCCCCGGCGCCCCCUCCCCCGGAGGCUUCGGCCAGCCCGCCCAGCCAGGUGGAGCCGGUCUGUUCGGCAGUGGCGGCGCCAACAAGAGCUUCGGCUUCGGCCAGACGGCGUUCGGCGAGCAGAAGGCCAGCGGGACCUUCAGCGCGGGGGCGGGCAGCGUGGCCUCCCAGGGCUUCGGCUCCUUCGCCAGCCCCACCAAACCAGGUGGCUUUGGCAGCGCUCCUGUGUUCGGAAGCCCCCCCUCUUUCGGGGGAACCCCAGCAUUUGGGGGCGGGGCAGCCUUUGGCUCCGCCCCUGCCUUCAGCAAUGCCACCAUGGGAUCGGCCAUGGGAUCAGCCAUGGGUGCCCCCAUGGGUGCCAGCAUGGGUGCCAGCAUGGGUGCCAGUAUGGGCUCCCCGGCGGGGAAGGUGUUUGGUGAGGGCACAGCGGCCUCCAACGUCGGAGGGUUCGGCUUCGCCUCUCCCCAGAGCGCGCCUUCCUUUGGCGCUCUAGCCAAUCAGAGCGCUCCGCCCUCGUUCGGGGGCCUGGCCCAGCAGGCGCCUGUGUUCGGGGCCCAGCAGGGGGGCUUCGGGGGCCUCGGCCAGCAGCAGCAGCAGCAGCAGCAGCAGCCCCAAGGAGGUGGGUCCCAACAGAUUCUCUGGAGGUAGUUUCACGUCCCCAGAUCAAUCGCCAGCAAAAACGUUUGCCAGUUGGAGGAGCUAGCAUUGGCUAACACUAUCUUCAGUCAAACCCAGAGUUCAUUCUGCCUCACAUCCAGAAAUCAGUUGAAUUAUGUAAUUUGUCAACACAAUUUUAUUUGUAAACAUGUUAUUUCAAACUUUAUUUUUAUCAAAAUAAAUGACUUUUGGUUGAAAA